UCGAUCGCAUUGCGCUGCGUGUCUCUCUCUCUCCCCUCGCCUCCGGCCGCCUCCACCCACUCUCUCCCCGCGGGCGGAGGCAGAUCUAGGGUUUCCCCUCUCGGCCUUCGUCCUUCUUGGGCCGAGCCCUCUAACCCCGCCGCGCUUUGGAUCGAUCCUCUCCUCCUCCUCCUGCGGUCCUGCCCGCCAUUAAGGCUCCAUCAGCUAGUCUAUCUUAAGCAUGGCUGAACCAAACAUCAGUGACAAUACAAUGGUGCAGGACAGUGAGAUGGUCGAUGGCAAUGAGACAGUUCAAGGUAACGAAAUGGUCAAUGGUAAUGACAUGGUUGAAGGGAAUGCCAUGGUCCAUGGGAAUGACAUGAUCCAUGGGAAUGAUGAAAUGGUUCAGGGGGGUGUGAUGAUCCAUGGUAAUGAGUUGGUUCAUGUUAAUGAGAUGGUGAGUGGUGAUGAGAUGAUUCAUGGGAAUGAGCUGGUCAAUGUUGAGGCAAUCACACCGACCCCAUCAAGACGGCGGCGUAAGAAGUCACUAGUGUGGGAACAUUUCACUAUUGAAGCCAUGCCAGGGGGGUCCUCAAGGGCAUGCUGCAAUUUAUGUAAGCAAACCUUUGCAUACAGUUCUGGCUCCAAAAUCGCAGGUACAAGCCAUCUCAAGAGGCACAUCACCCUGGGGUCAUGUCCGAUGUUGAAAAGCGAAGACAGGAAGCUGGCGCUACCUUCAGUACCUGGAACUGACAAUGAGGGUGAGGGUACUGCAGAACGCCCUGCUAAGAGGCGUUACAGGUAUACUGGUUAUGCAAAUGCCACAUUUGAUCAAGACCGUAGCUGCUCGUAUCUGGCGAAGAUGAUAAUUUUGCAUGAUUACCCGCUUCACAUUGUUCAACAGCCAGCAUUCACCGCUUUCAUUGAGAGCCUGCAGCCUCGGUUCAGGGUGGCAGAUGUUGAUGCAAUUGAGGGUGAGGUGUAUUCGGUUUACCAAAAAGAAAAGGAAAAUCUGCUGCAAGCAUUCAGCACUAUGCCUGGAAGGAUCAGCCUCACUAUAGGAUUGUGGACAACUAGUCAAACUCUUGGCUAUGUUUCAGUUGCGGGUCAGUUUAUUGACACUGACUGGAAAGUGCAUCGGAGAAUGCUUAACUUUAUGAUGGUAUCUUCUCCGCAUUCGGAGAAUGCACUUAGUGAAGCUAUCAGUUCAAGCCUUGCAGACUGGAAUAUGAAAGACAGGCUGUUCACCAUCACUUUGGAUAAUGAUUGCUCGUCGCAUGAUAUCUACAGUGCAAAUCUGAGAGACUAUCUCUCCAAUAAGAACACCCUCAUGCUCAAGGGUCAGCUAUUUGUUGUGAGGUGCUACGCCCAUAUCCUGAAUGCAGUCGCGCAGGAUGUCAUUGCUUCUAUUCACGGUGUUAUCUAUAAUAUCCGUGAAAGCAUAAAGUUCAUAAAAGCUUCGCCUGUCCGUGAGGAGAAAUUUGCUGAGAUUGCUCUUCAGUUAGAGAUUCCCAGUACCAAGACCCUUUGUCUUGAUGUUACAACCCAGUGGAAUACGACAUACCUUAUGCUUUUAGCUGCCUUGGAUUAUAGGCAGGCAUUCACCACAUUAGAGACAUGUGAUGAUAACUAUAACGAAGCACCCUCCGCAGAGGAUUGGAAGAAGGUGGAAGCAGCUUGCAAUUAUCUUAAGCUGCUCUAUGAUUCUGCUCAUAGCAUCAUGGCUGCAGCAAACCCAACUUCAAAUAUCUUUUUCCAUGAGGCUUGGAAACUUCAGUUGGAGCUUUCAAACGCCAUAGCGCAUGAAGAUCCAGUUUUCAGCACCAUUGCCAAAGAUAUGCACGAGAGGUUUGACAAGUACUGGAAGGACUGCAACCUUGUGCUUGCCAUUGCUGUUGUGAUGGACCCACGCUUCAAGAUGAAGCUUGUUGAGUUCAGUUACUCAAAAAUUUAUGGUGUUGAGGCUGCAAGGUAUGUUAAGGUUGUGGAUGAUGCUGUUCAUGAGCUUUACAAAGAGUAUGUUGCCCAGCCCCUCCCCUUAACACCUGCCUUCGUUGAGCAAGGGGAAGCUAAUAAAACUGCACUGGCCGGUGAGAAUAAUGCUCAAGUAACUCAGCCUUCUACUGGUGAUGGGCUUUUGGACUUUGACAUGUAUCUCUCAGAGAUAGCAGUAAGUCAGCCCACAAAGUCUGAGUUAGAGCAGUACUUGGAAGAAGCCCUCACCCCCCGAAUCCAAGAGUUCGAUAUUUUGGACUGGUGGAAGCUUAACACCCUUAAGUUUCCUACACUGUCGAAGAUGGCGCGCGACAUACUAGCGAUCCCAAUGUCCAUGGUGAGCAGUGGCAGCUCUAUCUUUUCGGCUGCAGCAAUAGGAAGCCGCAUUCUUGACGACUACAGAAGCUCGCUGCGUCCUGAAACCGUUGAGGCGCUAUUCUGCACAAAAGACUGGCUCCAGUAUGCUCCGGCCAUCCCUGAAGCUCCGAGUACUGCAUUGGUGAAGGCGGAGACCUAGGUUGUUAUUUAUUAUUAAUAAUCGGUUGUUUUUGUCUUUAUUUGUCUAUGAACUGAGCUGCGUUAGUGUACUAGAACAUAGAGAGAAUGCGUCUUGGUUGUGUUCUAGCUUUAAAUUCUAUCCCCUAGCAGUAAUUUGCAUUCUAGAGUGUUCCUGUUGUUCAGAUUGACCCCUUAACAGCCUCGAGGUGCUUUGCCGUGA